CUGGUGUGAGCUCAGCUGCUGUCUGAUUCGCGUUUCCUCGCCCUAAGUGUGUCCCUCCGCGGCCCCCGCAGAGUCGUUUCCGGGCGCAGCUGCGGUGUGUUAGCGCUUUCUGUGAAGGUCGUGAGUCCAACCUGUGAUCAUCAUGUCUCUGCCAAAGCCAGUAAUGAGGGGGCUGCUUGCAAAGCGUCUGAGGUUUCACCUGCCCAUUGCUUUCACUCUGGCUUUGACAGCUGCCAUUGCAUUCAAGUACACGGUGACAGAGCCCCGGAAACGGGCCUACGCCGACUUCUACAAGCAGUACGAUGCCGUCAAAGACUUCAACGCCAUGAGGGAAGCCGGGGUCUUUGAGAGCGUGCAGCCCACUGGGAAGUAAACCUGAGCUCUUCCUCACCGUUCAUUCCUGGUCUAAAAGAUGGUUCCUCUCCACCUUGACGUUAUCUACUGAUCAGAUGUAAACGUCGCCUUGCUGUUUUUGUUCAUUCAAUAAUAAAAUAAACUAUUCUAUAAAUGUUAAAA